AUAGCGAAUGUACCAAACAGUAAAAUUCGUACGGGUAGUAACGGUUCUUUUCGUUUACAUUUGAAUGCGCAACAACGGUAAAGAGGUGGACAGCUGUCUAGUUGACAGUCGCAUAAACGCGUCACAGCUUCCCAAUCAAAACAAAUACAAUAAUUGUUCCGAUUUGGAAGGCAAAGCACAAAAUCAUCAGUACGCGUCGCCUAAUUAGCUGCUUAAUAUUGUGAAUAGUGACGACCGUAUGUAAUUUAACUUCCUGCACAACAUCCGCGAAAAUGUGCUUGAGCCACAGCUCCUGCGAAUUCAUUGCAUCACAUCUCUGCUUCACGUGAAUCGAUUCCGGCCUACUUGGUCGUUUGCUUUCUCGAAUGAUUUAGUUUAAACACGUUGCUCUGCCGCAAUGACCGAAAAGCCGUGUAACGAUCGUGAUAAUCAUGAUCACACGAACUGUUCAUCGAAAGGGGUCGCCGCAACACAGUCACUGAGUGAGCUGGAUUUUGACCGUGGAAUCUGGAGUGCGGCGAUGAGUAACGAGAUCGACCGCUUGGAAAUGCUUAUUACCAAAGGACACCUUUACGACCGGGACAGCUGCGGCUAUACCGCACUACACUAUGCAGCACGUAACGGGCACAUGGAGGCUUGCCAUUUACUCUUAGCACGCGGUCUUGGUGUAGACGAAGUAACGAACGGUGGCGCUACAGCGCUGCACCGUGCUGCAAUGAUGGGACGCUACAAAAUAUUGCAACUUCUGAUAGCAAACAACGCUAACUUACUGCACAAAGAUAGUGACGGCAAAACGGCCUUGCACCGUGCAGCAGAAGGGGGACAUUUGCAGUGUUGCCAGUUACUUGUUCGUCUAAAUCCCGCCCUUUGCCAUAUGGAAGACGUACGGAACCAGAAACCGGUUGAUGUUGUGCGAAAAACUUACAAAGAUUCGGACCAGCUGCGGCGCUUGUUGGCCGGGUAGCACACGACCCGGCACUUUGUUUAGUGGUACACCUUUGCUGUCUUCCCGAAAAUGCUUGCGCUAAGGUGCAUUAUUUUGAAACGGAACGGUCCCAUUAUAAAAUCUCUGAUCUGUAGCGCCUAUUUAUGUUUUGCGUGUGUCGCACAAGAGUGAUUUUUUUAGUUUUUAGUGUAUAAAUCGUAUAUCCGUAACCGUGUAUUAGGGAAAGGUUAAAAUGGAUGAGAUAUUACUGAAUAAUUCUAUCAAACCUACUUAGCAGUUUUCUAUUUCCGGAGGAUAUUUGGAGUUUAUGUGUUGCUUAAAUUUCGAAAUCGAAAUAUCACGCCAUAUAGGUUGUGUCUCGUGUAGUGUUGGGUAUUCCAGAUUCAGAUUAAUGAACCUGGCGAAUCUUUGCACUGAACGAAUGAAUCUAAAUCUCUAUUCCGAAGAUUCGUGUUUAUCACCCGUGAACACUUCGAUCUGACGGAAAUUUUAUCCCCAAAAUCGAAAAAGUAACAGGAGC